CCAGGAGGACAGAGCAUCAAUUGGCAGGGACCACAGCUUCCUCUUGGCUUUUUAAGCCUCUCUCUUCGGAUUCAACCCAGUCACCGGCUGGCUUACUUUAGAAAUGGACUCAAUUUAGAGGUAGAGGGGAUAUGAAAGAUGUCUCGCUGUGAGGAGGCAUAGGCGACUUAUUAAAACAGCAGGUUAAAACCCUUGGACUUGAGCCAAAUAGGAUCUCACCCUGUCGACCGGAUUUGGAGAAAUUUGGAUUUACUUGUUGAGAUGCUUUCCCCUUUUGAUCUCUGUGACUGGUGAGUGACUUCAGCCAGUCCUGCAACCUUUGAUUGGCGUCAGUUUGUAUGCUUGACUGAAUAGCAGACUUAUACAAGUUGCAUAUCCUUUGAGUCUGCCGUUUGGGACUGAAUGUGGACAUGCAGGGGCACUUAGUAGACUCCACGUUAAUAGAUGUUGUCAUUGACAUGAACAUGAUGGAGUUUCCGCAAAAGUUCGCAUCGGAGGCCAAACGGCAGGUUGAUGAUGACGCAUCCAGCCCGGACACCCAGACGCGGCUGAGCGACUCGCCCUGGAGCGACAUGGAGGACGACGAGCAUGAAUUGAGAUACUGCAGCGCGCACGGCCAUCACAGCAAGUCCAAACGGAGGCGGAUCAUCAACGUGGUCCAGCGGCAGGCGGCCAAUGUGCGGGAGAGGAAGAGGAUGUUUAGCCUGAAUGAGGCGUUUGAUGAACUGAGGAGGAAAGUUCCCACAUUCGCCUACGAGAAGAGACUGUCCCGUAUAGACACACUCCGGCUGGCCAUCGUCUACAUCUCCUUCAUGACGGACCUGCUGGAGAACACCUGAAGUGUCCAAUAUUAACUUUUUCCCCUGGAGAUUGGAUUCAGUUUAAUACGGAAAUGGUGGUGAACUGAUCUUAAUGUGCAUUCAUUUCAGCUUUAUUCAAACUAUACAAGAUACGACAAAUACAUAUUUAAAAACUAGGCAGUCUUUCUUAUUUACAACGUCUCAGCAAUAUCCCUUAUGUCAAAAACGUUUAUCGGUGACAUCUUUUUUUUAAAUUUAUUUUAAAGACAACAAUUAUAAAACCAGCACAACCUAAGAGUUCCAAAUUCCAAAUAUUUCACUAAGCCUAAUAUAUGUGAGUGACUUUUUGCUGCUUAAAAAUAAAUCUAAAUGCUCGUAUUGCUUCGGUGUUCUUUGCGCUGCAACAUUAAGAAAACAAGUGAAUUGUGUUUAAACUCUAAUGCAGGGGUGGGGAACCUCCGGCCCAU